ACAGAUAACCACAUUUAUGUAUGACAUAAAUCCCCCCACCAUGUAUCAAAUUAUUACUGGUCCUUAAAGUCCAACCUUGCAUAAAUAGCCUUCUCUACAACAAAAGAAAAUCAUUGAACUUGUUCCAAGCAAUGGCACACUUUUUGAGCUCACAAGGUGUACUUUCAUGGAUUUGUGAAGGAGAAACCAACUUGCUAUCUUUCUGUUUUCAAAGAAGCAUAAUUGAUGGAAUGAACAUCAUCUUCUUCUGUGUUUUCUAUCUCUUUAUGCUCAUAAGUUUAAUUAGAAAGUAUCAUUCAAACUCAAACCAUCAUGAAAACAAUCAAAAGGAUCGCAUUAUGGUGGUUGCAUCAAUCUGUUGUUUUCUUACUUGCAUCAUGUAUUUAGGCACUGUUUUGUAUGAUUUCAUCGAUCGAGACGGAGAAGUUGAUCAUUUGAGUUGGAUUAUUAGAGGACUAACUUGGACCUCUUUUGCUGUUUCACUUCUCACUCAGAAUAGUAAAUGGAUCUUGUGUCUAACUUCUGUUUGGUGGAUUUGUUUGUGUGUGUUACUUUCUAUUCUCAACAUUGAAGCUCUUAUGAUAAAUCAUACUAUUCCUCUCUUUGAUUUGAUUCCAUGGCUUGUAAGUUUCCUUCUUCUCCAUUGUGCUUUCAGAAACUAUAGUUACUUCAACUCAGCGCGUUAUCGAAAGAAAACCAUGCUUGAAGAAUCUUUGUUAUGUGAAUCUGAAAAGGAAAGUAUAAUUCAACCACAAACUGGACUAAACCAAGCCAAUUUCUUUAACAGAUUCACAUUUUCUUGGCUUAAUCCUUUACUGUCUUUAGGUUAUGAAAAGCUAUUAGUCCUUCAAGACAUUCCUUCUUUGCCUAAUGAAGAUAAAGCUAACAUUUGUUACCAAAAAUUUGUUAGCACAAGAGAUUCUUUGUUGAGAAGAAGUGGUUCAAGCUCAAACAUUUCAAAGAAUUUGCUUAUUUUGACAAUGUCAAGAGCUUUUUUGAGAGAGAAUAUUUAUAUAGCAAUAUAUGCAUUAGUUAGGACUAUUUCUGCAGCUGUUGGUCCAUUGUUGGUUUAUGCUUUUGUAAGCCACGCGAGCCGCGAACUUAGCGAAGACGAGUACUUUUACGAAGGUCUUACUUUAUUAGCGUGCCUUGUGUUCGUUAAAUUUCUUGAGACAGUUUCUGAAAGACAAUGGUACUUUGAAUCGAGAAGGUCGGGAAUGAGAAUGAGAUCAGCAUUGGUGGUUGCAGUGUAUGAGAAGCUAUUGAAUCUUUCGAGUUUUGGAAGGAAACGACACUCAAAUGGGGAGAUUGUGAAUUACAUAGCAGUUGAUGCAUACAGAAUGGGAGAGUUUUUGUAUUGGUUUCAUUCAGGAUGGUGCUUUGUGUUGCAAAUUUUGUUAUCUGUUUGUGUACUUUUUUGGGUUGUUGGUCUUAGUGCAAUUCCUGGUUUGGUUCUUCUUGUCAUAUUUGGAGUAUUUUUCAAUGUUCCAUAUGCAAAGAAGAUAAAAAAUUGUAAGUCAGAAGUCCUUAAAUCACAGGAUGAAAGACUAAGGUUAACUUCUGAGAUUCUUAACAACAUCAAAAUUAUUAAAUUACAAGCUUGGGAGGAUAAGUUUAUGAACAUGAUUGAGUCGAUUCGCGAUACCGAGUUCAAAUGGUUGGCUCAGACACAGUUCACAAAGGCUUUCGGAGCUAUUCUAUAUGUCUCUCCGUCAAUUAUUGGUGCAGUGGUUUUAAUAGCAUGCUACAUCUUUAAUACUGCGCCAUUAAAUGCUGCAACUAUCUUCACUGUUCUUGCUACUCUGAAAAGUGUGGCAGAGCCAGUGAGGUUUAUACCUGAGGCUGUUUCUGUCAUUAUCCAAGUUAAAGUGUCUUUUGAUAGGCUCAACAGUUUUCUCCUUGAUAAUCAGACAAAAAUUGGCUACCAAAAGAAGAGCAUUUAUGUUUCAAAAACUGGUAAUUGUAUUGAAAUAGAGGAAGGUGAUUUCAGUUGGGAUGAGGAAUCAGUGAAACCUACUUUGAGAGAAAUCAAUUUAGUCAUCAAACAUGGCGAAAAAGUAGCAGUUUGUGGACCAGUUGGAGCUGGCAAGUCUUCUUUGCUCCAUGCUAUCCUUGGAGAAAUGCCUAAAAUUUGUGGAACUGUUAAAAUGCAUGGAGAGGUAGCCUAUGUUUCUCAAAAUUCAUGGAUACAAAGUGGAACAAUUCGUGAUAACAUACUCUUUGGAAAACCAAUGGAAAGAAAUAGAUAUGAGAGUGCAAUAAAAGCAUGUGCUUUGGACAAGGAUAUAGAUGGUUUUAGCCAUGGUGAUCUUACAGAAAUAGGGCAGAGAGGACUUAACUUGAGUGGAGGACAAAAGCAAAGGAUUCAACUAGCUAGAGCAGUCUACAAUGAUGCUGAUGUAUAUCUUCUUGAUGACCCUUUUAGUGCUGUAGAUGCACACACUGCUUCAAUUCUAUUCCAUGAUUGUGUGAUGAAUGCUCUCAAAAAGAAGACAGUCAUCCUAGUGACACAUCAAGUAGAGUUUCUGUCAGAAGUCGAUAAAAUUCUGGUUAUGGAGGGUGGAGUUAUUACUCAAGCAGGAAGCCAUGAGGAGUUGUUGACAUCUGGAACAACUUUUGAACAACUUAUGAAUGCUCAUAGAGAUGCAAUAGCUGUAAUAGGUACUACAAAUAGUCAAAACCAAGAAAAGCUUCAAGAAACAGAUGAAGUUGAUGGUCCGGUUAUGAUAAACAACAAUGAAGAAAUAUGUGAGACAAGUAUUGUAUGUCAGCAGCUUACUGAAGAAGAAUACAUAGAAAUCGGAACUUCUGGAUGGGAACUGUAUCUGGAUUAUAUUAUAAUCUCAAAGGGAAUGUUUCUUCAAUUUUUAAGCUUAAUAGCUCUGUUAGGUUUUACUGUUUGUUCAACUGGUGCAUCUUAUUGGAUUGCUGUAUCAAGUGAAAUUUCAAGCAUUGAUAAAGGAAUGAUGGUCGUUGUUUACACUGGAAUGUCAAUUUUAAGUGCUGUUUUUGCUUACUUGAGGUCUAUAUUGGUAGUUCAUCUUGGACUAAAGGCUUCUAAAGCAUUCUUCUCAGGUUUCACUUCUUCCAUUUUCAACGCUCCUAUGUCAUUCUUCGAUUCAACUCCUGUUGGAAGAAUUUUAACUCGAGCGUCGUCAGAUUUCGAUACUUUGGAUUUUGACGUGCCUUUUGCUGCAGUGUAUGUAGCACAAAGCGCCGUUGUUGUUCUAACAGGAAUUGCGAUCAUGACUUCUGUCACAUGGCAAAUUCUUAUAGUUGCCAUUAUAACUGCAGUAACAGGAUACUAUAUUAAGGAAUACUAUCAAGCGACUGCAAGGGAGCUAGUAAGAAUUAACGGAACGACAAAAGCUCCAGUUGUGAGUUAUACAACUGAGACAUCAGCAGGAGUGGUCACAGUAAGAGCUUUCAAGAUGGUGGACAGAUUCUUCAAAAACUUCUUACAUAUAGUUGACACAGAUGCUGCACUGUUCUUGCAUACCAAUGCUGCCUUAGAGUGGUUACAGUAUAGAGUUGACAUACUUCAAAAUGUGAUCCUUUUUACAGCAGCUUGUCUAUUUGUGUUUCUUCCAAUGGGGUCAAUCGCUCCAGGUCUUGUGGGUCUUUCGCUCUCUUAUGCUUUGUCGUUAACAAGAUCUCAGAUGUAUUACAACACAUGGUCUUGUAACAUGUCAAAUUUCAUCAUCUCUGUGGAAAGAAUCAAGCAAUUCAUGCAGAUACCACAAGAGCCUCCAAAAAUAAUGGAGUAUAAUAGACCACCAUCUUCAUGGCCUUCAAAGGGAAGGAUAGAGUUCCAUGAUUUGAUGAUUCGGUAUCGUCCAAAUGCUCCAUUAGUACUAAAUGGAAUCACAUGCACUUUCAAAGAAGGAACUAGAGUCGGAGUUGUGGGAAGAACUGGGAGUGGUAAAACAACACUUCUAAGCGCGUUAUUUCGUUUGGUGGAACCUACAUAUGGUGAAAUACUUAUAGAUGGACUUAACAUACGCUCAAUUGGACUCAAGGAUUUAAGAAUGAAGCUAAGCAUCAUCCCUCAAGAACCAAUUCUUUUCAGGGGUAGUGUCAGAACCAACUUGGAUCCACUAGACCAAUUCUCAGAUGAUGAGAUAUGGAAGGUCUUAGAGAUGUGUCAACUCAAAGAGUUUUUAUCAGGAUUACCACAUCUUUUGGACUCAUCAGUAAGUAAUGAAGGAGAAAAUUGGAGCAUGGGCCAAAGACAGCUGUUUUGCCUUGGAAGGGUCCUUCUGAAAAGGAAUAGAAUUCUAGUUUUGGAUGAAGCUACAGCUUCUAUUGAUUCUACCACAGAUGCCAUUCUACAAAAAAUAAUCAGACAAGAAUUUGCAGAGUGCACAGUUAUAACUGUGGCUCACAGAGUUCCAACUGUCAUAGACAGUGACAUGGUCAUGGUUCUAUCUUAUGGAAAACUGGUGGAAUAUGAUGAACCUUCAAAACUGAUGGAAGACAAUUCUUCUUCAUUCUCCAAGCUUGUGGCUGAAUACUGGUCCAGCUGCAUGGGGAACUCAUAAAAAUAAUUAAAAUAUAUCCAAAAAUAUGUUAUGAAGGUUCAUUUUCUUGAGAUCAAUAGUAUGCUUCUCUACAAGAACCCUUAAAAAAAUUAUAAACUUUUCUAUAUCCACUUAUUUGUUUGUGUUUUGUUGUAUGUAUAUACUUUAUUUAUAACAUUUGUUUUUAUUGAA